AUGAGGCCUUGGGAAAAGAUCUGGGGAGUUGAGACAGAAGCAGAUAUUGCCAUGAAGUGGCUGCAGCACCAAAUGCAGCCAGCAGCACAAAACCCUGGCCUCCUCAGGGCCGAAUUUGUUGCUGUCUUCCCAGAAGCAGGGCCUGUGGAGCAGCAACACGGGCUAAUUGAAGUGCCACCCUCGCCUAGAGAUCCGCCCGGCUUCUUCAGGAGGGUUUGGCACUACAUCGCGGGAGAGCCGCCGCCACCUCCCCCCAAGAAAGUGGCGGACCCCCUUGAGGUGUCUAUACAUCCCAACAACGCUGCUGAAUACCUGUGA